AUGGCCGCCGCCGCCCUCAAGGCUGCCAGCAGCAGCAGCAGCAGCAGCAGCAGGAGGGUCUGGAAGGGCAGCGGGGCCAGCCUGCAGCUGGUGGCCGCUGCUUCCAGCCACCGCGGUUGUGCUCAAGCCAGUCGUUGCGGUGGAGGCGGCGGCCCCGCGGAGGGGGGCGGCCGGCACGCGGGCUGUGGCCAGCCGCAGGGCCCCCAGCAGCGGUCUGCGGGGCAGCCCCAGCCCCCUGGGGUCAGCAGCCAAGCCAGGAGGUCGGCGGGACCCGGCCACGCCGCCACCGCCACCACCACGGCGGCUGCUUUCUCGGGCGGCCAACCCAGCCCGCUGGAGGGGAUCGACACCAAGUCCUACCUGUGGAACAGGUACCACGAAAUGAAAAAGCUGGUUCACGAACUUCUCCCACCAGGUGUCUGCAAUCUUCUAAACCCAGCAUCUGUCUAUGCAAAUAAUGAGAUCAGCCUGGGAGAUGUGGAGAUCUAUGGCUUUGAUUAUGACUACACGUUAGCCCAGUAUUCUAAUCUGUUGCAUUCAGUGAUAUUCAACACUGCCAGAGACAUCCUGAUUGAUCAGUGUAAGUACCCAGAAGGACUCAGGAAAUACGAAUAUAUUCCUGGAUUUGCCAUAAGAGGGCUUCACUAUGAUGUGCAUAAGAGCCUUCUGAUGAAGAUUGAUGCUUUCCACUACGUUCAGCUGGGUACUGCAUAUCAGGGGCUGAAACCAGUGCCAGAUGAAGAGGUUAUUGAGAUGUAUGGUGGAACCCAGCACAUCCCAUUAUACCAGAUGAGUGAUUUCUAUGGCAAGGUACAGGGUCCAUCAAUUAAACAAUUCAUGGACGUCUUCUCCCUUCCUGAAAUGACUCUUCUUUCAUCAGUGACUGAUUAUUUCAUGUCUCAGAAUAUUGAGUAUGACCAAGUUCAUCUUUACAAGGAUAUAAGUGAUGCCAUUAAAGAUGUCCAUGUGAAAGGAACGAUGUACAAUUGGAUCGAAAAGGACAUGGAAAAAUAUAUUCUUCAUGGAAAUGACACCUAUACUGUCCUAAACCGUCUGGUUAGCCACAAUAAAAAACUUUUCCUUAUCACGAACAGUCCCUUCAGUUUUGUUGAUAAGGGAAUGAACUACAUGGUUGGCAAGGACUGGAGAGACCUCUUUGAUAUGGUCAUCGUGCAAGCAGAUAAGCCCAGCUUCUUCACUGAUAAACGCAAACCUUUCAGAAAAAUGGAUGAAAAAGGUUCACUUCAGUGGGACAAAAUAAACAAAUUGGAAAAAGGGAAGAUCUACAAACAGGGUAAUCUGUUUGACUUUCUGCGGUUAACAGGCUGGCGUGGAUCCAAGGUCCUUUAUUUUGGUGACCAUUUGUACAGUGACCUUGCAGAUCUUAUGCUGCUCCAUGGUUGGAGAACAGGAGCCAUUGUUCCAGAACUGGAAACUGAAAUCCGUAUCAUUAAUACAGAGCAAUACAUGCACUCUUUGACUUGGCAACAGGCGCUUACAGGACUUCUGGAGAGGAUGCAGAUGUAUCGAGAUGCUGAAUCAAAGCAAGUGCUGCUAGAGUGGGUGAAAGAACGACAGGAAAUUAGAUCACUUGCGAAAAACCUGUUUAAUCCCCAGUUUGGAAGCAUUUUUCGAACCUUCCACAACCCGACCUACUUUUCUCGGAGACUGAUUCGUUUUUCUGACAUCUACAUGGCGUCUAUCAGCAGCCUGCUUAACUAUGACGUGAACUUCACCUUCUACCCUCGGCGAACCCCUCUGCAGCAUGAAGCUCCUCUCUGGAUGGAUCAGCUCUGUACUGGUUGCAUGAAGACACCAUUCUUAGAGGAAAUGCUGCACAUCCGGUGAAAGAAGGCAGGAUGGGCAGGU